UUGUUUAUAAAGGAGGAAAAAGCAAUGAAUGAAAACAGAGACAUAUCUUGAGGUUGUCUUUUCUGGCUCUUCCUGCAGACAUCAUCUUCGUGACACCUGAGAAGUCUAGGGGCAGUUUGUUUCCAGAGCUACUCCUCUGCAUUUGACUUCACUAUGCAGAUCCUACUGGGAAUCUUCCUUGGCUUUCUUCUUAUAACUACAGGCGCAUCUUUGGAGUGUGAAGUUUGCAUCGGCAUUGGCUACAGCUGUACUGGCAGAAUGCAGACCUGUGAGGCUGGCAAAGAUACCUGUUUUGUCACUGUCGUUGAAAACUUGCUAGGUGAAUUCCCAAUUCAGACAGUAGUUAAAGGCUGUGGAUUCUCCAGUGACUGUAACUUGGGACCACAAUAUAUGAACUUUGGGCAUGGGCAAGAAGUAAGGACUGAAGUUGCUUGUUGUGUCGGGGAGGCCUGUAGAACAGCAAGUGCUCAAUUACCCCCGCGCAUAACAAAAACCAAUGGGAAGCAAUGCCCAGCCUGCUACUCUUUGAUUUCUGGUGGUUGCAAUCCGCAUGAGGUGGUGAACUGUGUCGGACCACAGAAUGACUGCCUUGAUCUGGCUGCGACGGUUACUUACGGAACUGUCGUCAUCAACACUGUUCAGAAGGGCUGUGUCACUAGGGGGGUUUGUAGUGACUCAGCCCAAAGAGAACCGAAUAUGGCAGGGAUUAGCUAUUCCAUCACAAAGGCUGAAUGUAAACCAGCCCUACAACCAGAAUGAUGGCAUGAUCAGCAGCCUUCUCAGGAUUUCUGGGCUUCUUCUAAUGAACAACUUCUUCCAAUCCACCUGUGUGUAGCUGCAUGACUCAGGACUCUGCAUUAAUACCUUGCAUCACUUCUCUGCAACUUCUUCCCAAAUGAUUUCUGCCUCCCAAAGGGCUUUGAUGUCCUCUUUGAGGGAAACCAAUAAAUGUAACUUGCAUGAAA